GCAUGGUACACUGGGCAAAAAGCUGAAAAGAUUCCCAACGGAUUAAUAGGGGUUGUUGGUCAUGAUUGCCACAGUUUAGAUCUUUCCUACAACGAACUGACCACUAUUUCCGGAGUAAAAGAUUUUGAGCAGCUUCAAGAAUUAAUCUUGGACAAUAACAAACUUGGCGAUCUCAAAACAUUACCGCACAUGCCAACUUUGACUACUUUGAGUUUGAACAAUAAUAAGAUAUUCAAUAUCGACAAAGCUCUUGAUAGGAUACAAGAAUGUUGUCCUAACGUGGAAUACGUAAGUCUUCUGGGCAAUCCCGGUUGUCCCGAUCAAUUGACCAAUCCGACGUCUACCGAUGAAGACGAUUACGAACGUUAUAGACUAUAUGCUAUCCAUAUUUUACCAUCGAGUCUCCGGUUCCUGGAUUCUCGAAGGGUCACUCAACAGGAGAGAUUGAAUGCUAAGACUCGCGGCAGAUACUCCAAGACAAUUAAACUCGUUCCAGAGUUAAUUCGCAAGUUCGUACCCAAUUCGACGAAUGCCAAUAAUGAAUUUGAUGAUAUAUAUUUCAACAUCCAUUACACGCCCUUGCCAAGCUCGUUACGUAAUCCUCAAGAUCAUAAAGGUGCAUAUGGUAAGUGCAAAUAUCGAUAUUCCGGCAAGAACUCGGAGGGCAAUAGAUUCAUCUCGAACAAUGAUCUUUAAUCAAUGAUUGCAUGGAUAUUUCUAAAAUAUGGCCUUAAAAUAUUAAAGUAAACGAUUUUUCUAGUCAAAUAAUAAUGUAUUGAUAUUGAUGAAAACUUACAUAAUAAGCAACAAGAUAUUUCUUUCAUAGAUCAUAACAAAAUAUUAAUAAAUAUCGCAUAGUUAGUAAGUAUUAUUGACAUUAAUCAUAAAGAUAUAUUUGUAA